AUGACAUCCUACACUCAUGGCCACCAAGCUUCCGUUCUACGAGCGCACUCCUGGAGAACAGCUCAGAACUCGUGUGCCUACCUUCUGAGCUACGUCAAGCCUGAUAUGUCAAUUCUCGAUGUAGGAUGCGGACCCGGGACAAUCACCGUUGAUUUGGCCUGCCUAGUUCCUCAAGGCCAUGUUACAGGAAUCGAGCCAUCCGCUGAGCAAGAAGAAGUGCUUGACAAAGCUCGCCAUUUAGCUUCAUCGCAAGGAGUCACCAACCUCACCUUCUCGCGCGGAGAUGGUCACAAUUUGCCAUUCCCUGACAACAUGUUCGAUGUUGUCCACGCCCACCAGGUGUUGCAACACGUCGCUGACCCCGUCAAGGUGCUGAGUGAGAUGAAACGAGUUGUGAAGAGUGCUGGAGGGAUCAUUGCCGUCCGCGACAUCGACUAUGCAUCUAUGGUUUGGCACCCACCCUCCAAAGGGCUCUCAGAUUGGCAUGAAAUGUAUGAGAGGACAGCUCGCGCAAAUGGAGGCGAACCCAACGCUGGACGUGUUUUAUUGUCGUGGGCCCUCAAGGCGGGCAUUCCUCGUGAUUGCAUUGAGCCCAUGGUCGGUACAUGGUGCUUCAGCAAAAGCGAAGAAAAAGAAUGGUGGAGCGGGACAUGGGCAGAGCGUGUUGUCCAGUCAGCACUAGCAAAAAGCGCUGUCGAGCAUGGAAUCUCCACGGAGGCUGAAUUACAGGAAAUGGCGACAGCUUGGAAAAGUUGGUGUGUCGCACCCGACGCGUGGUUUGCGAUGCUACACGGAGAACUUAUUUGUCGUUUGUGA